GAUUGAUAUCUGAGGAUCAGGACAACGGGGAGGGGGUUGGACGCUUUAUAUAUUAGGUGCCAACUGCAUGGAGCAUUCAAGUCAUUCAAGAUGCGUCUUAUCCUUGCUUGUCUCCUCUUCGUCGGAUUGGUCUUCGCCAAACCAGACGGCUAUACGACCAAGUACGACAACAUAGACCUUGAUGAGAUACUCUCCAACGAAAGGCUUUACAAGAAGUACUUCGACUGCUUGGCCAACAAGGGUCCCUGUACUCCCGAUGGCAAAGAACUCAAAGACGUUAUCCCUGACGCAUUGAAGACCGGCUGCAAGAAGUGUAACGAAAAACAGAAGAAAGGUGCCGAGAAGGUCUUCAGGUAUAUUCUCAAGAACAAGAGAGCAGACUACGAUGUCCUGGAAAAAAUCUACGAUCCGGAAGGUAUCUACAGAAAGAAGUACGAAGCUGAGGCAGAGAAACAUGGAAUCAAAUUAUAAAUGACCAAACUACAGUUCUGGAUCAAUGUUGAUUUUUAAAUAUAGUCUUAGUGAAGGAAACAAAAAGAUAUAGUAUGUAUAUAUUAUUUUAAUGUUAGAAAAAUAAAAGCUGUGAUGCAAUGAG